UUAAAAGUAGAAGGUAAUCGAAAGAAAGAGAAGUUGCUUAUAUGUCAUCACAACAGCGACCCUCACUAGCCUGGUCGCAAAGUGCCAGGAUUUCCAGCAAGCUCAGGAAUUUCUAGCCCUUGACAGAUUUGAAGAACCGCACUGGUGGACCUAAGGGGGUAGGCUCCGCCUUUUCUUGCACCAAUUGGAGCGUAAAGUUCCUCCGCGAGGAGGCGCUGAUUGGUCGGGGCCAUAACAGCGCGAGGCGGGUGCGGCGAUGGGGCGGAGCUUGCAAACGGCCGGAAGGGGGCGCGCGCUGGGCCUGGAGGCGACCCUUCCAUGGAGGGGGCGGAGGCAGGAACUGCGGAGCUAGCCGCGCUGUCCCGGGACCUGCAAACCCUGGGGUAUGGGACUUUCCCGGAGGCAGCGUCGUGGAGCACCUCGUGCCCAGACUUCAGGGCGCUGUGCGCGCAGCUGGUGGCGGAGUUGGCGACCCUGGGCGCCCUGAAGCGACAAGAUGAGGGCGUCGAGGUGUUGAGCGCGGGCGACGGCCCCGGCGCUGAGGAGGAAUUUCUGCGGCAGCUCCCCGACCUUCUUCGGGCGUUGCACUGCCCGGAUCGCGCGCUGUACGGCGGGGGACGCGCGGCGGAGCUGCUGGAGCUGAGCGCUAGCACACGCUUGCUGCGUUUUCUCUGCUCUGAGCUCCAGGCUGCCCGCCUCCUGUGCUUGCAGUCCACUCUGGACUCCAGCCCUAUGCCUCCUCUUGGAAAAGAAACAAAAGAAGGAGCUGACAUGGUCCAGGAACUAGUCCUCACCCUUCAAGCCCUAAGACUGCCCUUACCCCUGCUGGUGACCCCAGCUAGCCAGCUACUCCAGGAAUUACAUGCCAAGAUCUCUGAGCUGCUGCCUUCCCUGCCCCCAGGGUCCAUGCUGCCCCUCCUCAACAACCCACUGGAUGCACCCCGAUGGGAAGCACUGGAGUCUCUGUCCCAAAGCCUGAAAGAUCAGUACUACUGCCGCCGCUGCCUUCUUCUCAGACGCCUGGACCUCACUACAUCUGCUUUCCACUGGACUGAUCGGGCAGAGACCCAAGGAAAGGCUAUGAAAGCAGUGCUGACCCCACUUCGAGAGGUCCUGACCCCAGAAUCUGAUGUCUCCAUCUCACAUGUUCUGGCUGCUCGAGCUGACCUUUCUCGACUGGUUCCAGCUACCAGUCUGGCAGCCCGCCGAGGGACCUGUUGUGCCAUAAACAAGGUACUUAUGGGUGAUGUGCCAGACCGAGGAGGCCGCCCAAGUGAGCUGGAGGCACCCAUGCCCACCUGGCAGAGCUGCAGAGAAGAUGGAGGGCGAAAGGCAGGCCACCAACAUUGGGGCCAGAAGAAGAAGAAGAAGAAGAAGAAGAAGAAGAAGAAGUAAAGGCGGUUAGGGGCAUCUGUGAGUUGCUGCUGGCACUGGUAAUCUUUGGGGAGUCAGUCUGAGGGUUUUCCUUGGCACCUGACAUCCAAGCCCUUCUCCCCUAAUCCAAAGGCUCCAGAUGUUGUGUACCCAUCCACUACUCAACACCAGAGCCAUGUUCUCUGGAAAAUAAAUUUAAUUUUCAAUGACAA